AUGGCUCCUCCAACUGCAAUUGAUAUUGAAGGUGUAGUCGAUACUGAAUCUAUCGUCCUUCCUGAUCCAUUGACUGUCAAUGGAGUUUCUGCAAGAAGGGCAAAAGCUGGGAAGUUUGUUGCAGGUGUCGCAGCAUUUACUACUAGUGACCAUUUCAAAAGCCCGUCAACAUGGAAACCAAAGGCCAAAAGAUUUGAUCAUCGUAUCUCCCUCGAGAGCAGAUCAAGAAAGCCAUCGAACUUAAAAAGCGCUGCUAAAUACUUGGGCCCUGGAAUGAUUUCUCUCGGUGGAGGUUUACCAUGUCCCGACUAUUUCCCAAUCGAAGAACUAUCCAUCAAGGUUCCUACAGUACCUCACUUCUCGGAAGCACAAACAAAAGAAUCUGGAACCAUCUUAACUGCUGGGAAAUAUGAUGUGUCUGAGGGCAAGGGAGCAUAUGAUCUAUCUAUCGCACUCAACUAUGGACAAGGUUCUGGAUCUGCCCAGAUGCUUCGAUGGGUAACAGAACAUACCGAAAUCGUUUGCAACCCACCUUAUGCAGAUUGGGGCUGUUCUCUUACUGUCGGAAGUACCUCAGCUUUGGAGCAGACAUUUCGCAUCUUCUGUGAAAGAGGCGACUUUGUGUUAUCUGAAGAAUAUACCUUUGCUUCUGCUGUCGAGACUGCCGCUCCUCUUGGUGUAAAAUUCUUGGGUGUCAAAAUGGAUGCUGAAGGUCUUUUACCAGAACCCUUGGAUGAAAUUUUGAGCAACUGGGAUGAACAGGCAAGGGGGGCUAGAAAGCCAUUUGUUCUUUACACUGUACCUUCUGGGCAAAACCCUACCGGUGCAACUCAAGGUACCGAGAGGCGGCAUGCUAUCUACAAGGUUGCUCAAAAGCACGAUUUAUACAUCAUAGAAGAUGAACCCUACUAUUUCCUCCAAAUGCAGCCAUACACAGGACCAGAUGCUCCCGACGUCCCACCACCCGCUAAUAAUGAUGAAUUUUUGAAAGCUCUCAUUCCAACCUACCUAAGCAUUGAUACUGAUGGAAGAGUAAUGCGGAUGGAUUCUUUCUCCAAAGUAAUUGCACCUGGUACUAGAGUAGGAUGGAUCACUGCUUCCGAGCAAAUCGUCGAGAGAUUUAUUAGAUCCAAUGAGAACUCCAACCAAAACCCAAGUGGAAUCUCCCAGAUGGUUCUCUACAAAAUUCUUGAUGAAAGCUGGGGACAUGGUGGUUAUCUUCAAUGGCUGAUCAACCUUCGAUUGGAAUACACUAAGCGCCGAAAUGUUAUUCUUGCCGCAUGUGAAAAAUACUUGCCCAAGGAUAUCGUAAGCUGGAACCCACCAUCUGCCGGCAUGUUCCUCUGGCUCUCGGUAGAUUGGCAUAAACACCCAGCUGCCAAAACCAAGUCAAUUGGAGAUAUCGAGCAAGAAAUUUUCCUCUCCGGCAUUGACCAAGGCGUUCUCAUUUGUCCAGGUAGUUGGUUCACAGCUGAGAAAGACGGCUUUGUACCUGUAGAUAUGUUUUUCCGCGCCACAUUCGCUGCUGCAUCGGAGGAAAAGAUGACAGAGGCUAUUGAGAGAUUCGGAGUGGCUGUUAAAAACAGUUUUGGCAUUGAAUAA